AUGGCAACGGCGAUCUCCAAACCAACCUCCCACCCGCCUAAGAUGAAACGGCCGCCCCCGCCUUUUGUUCCAACCGGGGUCAAUGGGGUAAAGCCUCAACAGUCCUCCUCGUCCCCACAACCGACCUCCAAGCGCCUUCCGGGUUCCAAUCAACCAGGCCCUGCGGGCUCGACAAGUGGUGCGGUCACAAACGGGGUCAAUGGUGCGGCUGAUUCGAAUGGCGUCAAGACCUCCAUUAAUCGGCCCAAGAAAGAGGCGCAAAAGCCAGGUGACCAAGGAAUGCGGUUAGCGAAGCCAUUGGCCAGGACUCUUUCCACGGACAAUGAGCGCCGGCUAGGCAAGAAGUGUCCUGAGCCUUAUGCUGUAUCCCUUCCAGUGAAAACAACGUCACAUAUACUGAAGAAAUACGGCAAAUGCCCCCCGUCUCUCAUUUUACAUCUUCAUCCUACCCAUUUCCGCUUUGAGCAACAAGAUGGAAGCUUCCCCUAUAAUUCUGAAAUGAAGGUUAUCAUCGAACAUAUUCGUGCCGGGACCGUUCCCCAUGAUAUGAUAGAGGAGCUGUUGCGGGCCAACGUUCGUUUCUACGAAGGUUGUCUCAUUGUCCGCGUGGUUGAUCACAAGUCCGUGUCAGCCCAAGCCAGAAAGUCAACUGCCCCCUCGACGAAUGAUAGCAAUACUCCGUUCUCUAUUCAUAACUACAACGAACAUGUUACGCCAUCGGCCUAUGUACCCUACCCGAAACAGAACCAGUUGACCUCUGAGAAACCAACAUCAAAGGAGGCCGAAACCCAGUCAGACACUAACGCCAACGGAGAGCACGCCAGCGAUUCCCAAGAACAACCCGAAAAGAGUGAAUCGAGCUCUUCUCAACACAAGCAGACUCCUCCAAAACCCCGUGUAUUUACCACUGUUCUUCAUCCUACUCCUCACUCAUUACGAGCAGAGUUAGCUUUGCUUGCUACUACACCCGAUCCAAAGGCUGCAAAGCAGGGAGCCACGAGUUCUGCGUCACGUACUCAAGCGGCUUCAUCUGCUGCGCCUCCGUCUCCCGGCGGCUCCACUAACCCACCUGAGCGUGGGCCUGUUGCAAAAAGACAGAAGAUGCUUGUCGAACCGCAGGAUCUUGCUGAGUGCGAAGCCAAACUGACGAGGGCUUUAGCACCACCACUCUUCCUAGAGCCUGUGCAAAGCCUGGAUGCUGCUCAAGAUCUACUGAAAUUCAUGGAGAGCCCUCUCCAUAAUGAUCCGCCACCAUCUCCGAAACGAAGGAAGCGGACAGUGGCGGAACUUGCUGCUGAUGAAGCACUGGCCGCUGAGGAGGAGCGAUUCAUGCUUAUCAUGGAUGAACGGCUCGAGCCAACUACCUCUGGGGGCGCAGGAGGCCCUAAAUCUGCCGUCGAUGAUACAAGCGGCGGUGCACCUUUCGAGCCUCGUUUCUCCCGGUUCAAAACCCUGGAAAACAUUCGCAUGCAACAUGAGGAGAAAGCGAAACGGGAGCACGAAAUCAAGCUCAAGCAAGAAUUGGCCAAGAGGCAGCAGCAAGAACAGGAAAGAGAAAGGCGCCGUGCCCUGGAGCAACGGCAGGCAGAGGAGCAAGCUAAAGAGGACUCUCGGAGACAGCAUCUUGCUGCUCAACAACAAGUACAGGCACAGCUUGCCGCGCAGCAACAGGGUCGCCACGUCAUGCCUCAAGCAAAUGGAGUCAGCCAAGCGCCACAGUCCUCUCCAGUUGCUCGCAACCAGACGCCGCACAAUACCUCGUCGCCUUUGCCUGGCAAUGCCAUGGGAGCACAGGGAGGCGUGCCAAUGAGUAUGACAUCGUCUAUGCAGGGCGCUGGCAGCCCUCCACGGCCCCCUUCUGCGCUACAGCAUGCCCACCCCAAUGUUAUGGGCCACCCAAUGGCUCCUUCGAGGAGCCAGCAAGGCCAUAGUCGACAUGGAACCCCGCAGAUGACUCAAGGAACACCGGCCAUGUCCCAUGCUACACCAAUUAUGCGCAACGUAACACCAACACAACGAAUGAGUCACGCCAGCCCCGGCCGCUCGACAGUGGCACCGACGCCGGUGAUGGGCCAAGCUAUGAUGGGUACUCCACAAAUGACAGGUGGCAUGGGCCUUACACCUCAACAGCAGCAGAUGCUGUUGCAUCAGAGACAACAAAUGCUUGCACAACAAGGGCACCUCGGGCAUGGGCAGCUCACGCCGCAGCAAUUUGCUCAACUCCAGGCCAACGCGCACGCGCAGCAAAACAUUCAAUCGCAUCAGCAGCAGAUGCUGCAGGCUCAACAGCAGAACCACCAGCAACAGCAACAGAAGAUCCCGAACCCUCAAAUUUACCAACAACAACUUAUGCGGGCACAGUUCGCGCAAAUGCAGAUGGCGCAACAGCAGCAGCAUGGGCAAGGACCUCAAUCACAAGGCCAGCAAGGCCAGGUGCACCAGGGCGGUUCCCAGAUGAACCCACAACAGCAGCAGUUGCUGAUGGCAGCUGCUCAAGCAAACGGUGGCCAGCUCCCCCAGAACCUCCAGGGAGCCAACAUGCAGGGAGCUAUGGCACAGCGAUACAACCAGCUCUAUCAACAACGUCUGUUAAGAUUACGACAGGAAAUGGCCAGUCGUUUCAUGGGGCAGUACGGCCCGCCCAAUCAAUACCCGCCAUCAGUCGCGCAGCAGUAUCAUGCUGGGCUUGAAAGAAAUGCCAAACUUUGGGUCCAAGAAAUCAUUCGACGAGAACGUGAGGCUGCUCAGCAACAACGUGCUAAUCAAGUUGCGGCUGUACAAGCUCAGGUGAUGCAACAGCAGCAGCAACAGAACAUGAUGCAGAAUGGAAUGGGUAGCUAA